AUGAGUGCGACAGGCUUCUCGGAGGGCAGCAACAGUCCUACGAAGGCACGGGAGCGCACAGCGAGCGGUGUCACCCGCCUCAUCCGGACACAGCAUGUCGCAAGACCUCGACGUCAUUUACUGCUCUAUUUCUUGCUCAAGACGAGCGAGGGCAGGGAGCGAUUGAUGAGAGCCGUCCAGUACUCUCUCCGACUCUAUAUAUGGCUCGUCACGCGCCGUCGACCUGCUCGCGCAACAAAGGCAAGCCUUCAAGGCUCGCGUACCGCAAGACUGCUAUUCGCUGUGUCCGUGCUCAGCACGACCCGCAAAGUCCUUGCGCUCUUCGAGUUUCUACGCCCGCUCGCAGAGCUACGCAAGCAUGCAGAAUCUCCUGCACCUCCUCUGACCCCACUGGCCACCACGACCUCUGUCCGGAUGACGCCGGACUCGCAAGGCCCCUUCGCGCUAAGGUUAGCAGAGACGUGGCUCUCGCUCUUGCUGUCCGUCUUUGACGAUGUCGAGUGCUUCGGGCGACUCGGUCUUCUCGCACGACCUUACAGUGAUCGAGCCGCUCGCCUGGCCGAUGUCGCCUGGCUCGGAUUGUCUGUACUUGGUCUUUGGCAAGUCCAGGGCGAGCGCGGCGAGACGUGGCGCAGAGGAAGAUUGAUCCGACGUCAGAUGAUCGAUGGCGAAGUCGAGGCUCGGGCGAGUAUGGAGCAAGCCGCCGCAGACGGCGACCUGGAUGACGAGCUACGCUUCGAGCUAGAACGUUUCGAACUGGAGCGUAUACGACGAAGCAGAGCCAUGUUACGCAAUUUAAGAGAUCGACUCUCCUGGCUCUGGUGGGAGCGCGCUCGUUUGCUGGGCGAUCUCGUCUUUGCCUUCUACGAGGUGUUUGAGCUGCAAUCCGGCUCAGAAGGCAUCCGAGCACUCAGCGGCUGUCUGUCAAGCUGGAUCGGUGCAAGACAGGUCUGGUCAGAUGCAAGGAUUUCGGUCUCUCAGCGCUCAAGAUGA